CUUCCCGUUUCCGCCGCAAUAUGUCGAGGGGGACGCGCGGCGAAUUUUUCAACAUAUGGACGCGCGCGCGCGUGUGUGUAUUUGUGCGCGAGCGUGAAUGUCAAUUCGACAGCGUUUCGCUCCGGCCAGAGAGCUCGUCCAGCGUGUGCCGUGACUGAGAAAAGGAUCGAUAUCCCGGACUUUUUAUAUCUCGGACGAUCUCGUACGCACGCGAGAGAGCCACAUGCCGCUGUAGGAUGCGAGAUCGCCGCGAAACGUCCGGCUCGUCGCGCGUCCUCCUCGUCCCCGCGGCGCCCCGAUAGUCGGAUGUGACGGCGAGCGUUCUCCCGCUCGGAUUCGACGAGUCUUCCCCGCGAACGUCGCGGUAAAUCAAGCAGCCUCUUUUUUCCUCCUCCGCAACACAAGAUUCAAGAAUCCCCCCCGAAGACUGAUGCCACGCUCGCCGAUCGCCGAGGCUUCUCAGUGUUGAUUCGACCAACAUUUCGCCCCGUUUAGAAUGGAGCCAGAUACUAAAGUUCCUUUGCCGCUAGAACCCAUAAAAGCGAAUCAAGUUGAGGACAGACGCCUGUGGGUGGGCAACUUAGAUUUAAGAAUUAAUGAGUACCAACUCCUGAAACUCGUCCAACAAUACGGCACAAUCGAAAAGUUCGACCUGCUGUUUCAUCGGUCGGGGCCUCAAGCCGGUCAGCCGAGGGGAUAUGCAUUUGUUACUUACCAAACGAUCCAAGACGCCAAGAGGGCGAAAGAUGCUCUACAUAACUUGAGAGUCGGAGCUAAGAAUAUCAUUGUCAGAUGGGCACAUAGUGUCACUGAGUCGGACAUGGAUAAACCAAAACCAAAGCUAGAGAUUCCUGCCUUAGCCGGUGCAAAGAAGGAUGAUAAAAAGAUAAGUCGCGAAACGGCAAUACAAGCGAUUGAGGCGAAGCUCAAGCUGAUGAAAGAAUCGGAAGAGGAGUUCGAGUUGAACAAACCACUGGAAGGGUCGCCAGUUAUACAGCUCUAUCAAAAAGCGGAGAAUCAAAAACCGUCCACGUCCACGCGUUACCACAACCGUGGGAGCUACCAUCAUCAUAACAAGCCGUACAGUCGCCACAAGCCGAGAAGAUAAUUCGCGCAUUUCAUACAUUUUUUUUUACCCCAUUUAUCGAUUAACCGAUCGUUAUCAUUUGUUUCAUGACGAUAUUUAUAUUAUUUAUAACGUAAAAAAUGCCUACCUAUUUAAUACCGUUUAUUAAAAACAUUUUGCCCUUGUAUAAAUGAAUUUUGUAUGUAUUUUCUCGUUGUUAACAUGCUUACAUGUGUACAAGCAAUUCUCGGUCGUAGACAGGCAAACGCGUUGAUUUCUGCAGGCGAGAAAAUACGAGAAACAUGAGCUACGACCUUGUCAAAUCGUCCGUGUGAUGUAACUCUUAACAGAAAUGUAAUACUGGAAAAUGGAGUGAUUACUUUUUCCGAGUAUUAAAAGUAAUUGUUGUUCAAUACUCAAGAUGAAUAGUUUUCAAUAUUGGAUUUCUGUAAGGGAAUACGUACGUUAGCGUACAUAACGUGUAUUUUCGUAAUAUAUGGAGAUCUUUUUUAUGGCGAACGCAUAUGUGACGUGCUUCGAAAUAAGAUGUAAAGUGUACGAGUUACUUCCAUUGUUCAUACUUUUGGAUACAGAUAAAGGUAUACACAGACACGCACACACACAUACACACACACGUACAUGUAAUACAUACAAUUAUAAUACAAGUGUAACAAGAAUUUUCAACUA